GCAGGGGAUUCUCCGCGCGCGCUCCGGUCCCGCCGGGGCUUUGGGACCGUUGUCUUUCCCUUGGCCGCUCAUUAUGUAGUCGGCGGGAGCAGGUGACGGAUGUCGCGGGGUUCAAUUCGGAUGCCAGGUCUGUGGCGGUCAAGCUUGUGAUUUUCUACUCGGUUGUUCCGCUGACCCGACAGCCGCUGUUCAACGUUCCGUGGGCUAAAAACAGCAUAUGCAUUGAAAUGGAUUACUACUUUUGUCUGUGCUCAAGAGCUAUCGUGCACAGCGGGCCUGAUCCGGUCUUUUCUUUCCUGGCGCCCGCCUUGCUCCUUCUUGCAUUCUCGGAGCCAAUUCCAUUCUUGUGUUGUUCUUUGCGAGCGCAGUCAGAGAAAAUGCCAUUCAAUGCCUACGUGGAAGGAAUCCGGCCCGUUCCUUAUAACACGCCGCUAUGAUUCUACCACUUGCCACGCAUCGUCGUCCGCCCGUUCAGAUCCUCGUCCAGCGCAACUACCAUGCGUCUCUCUCUGCCGGUCCUCGCAACCGCUUGCCUCGUUCUCAGGCAGGCUUCGUCGCAGCAAAUCUAUGACAUCUGGCAGACGACCUGGGAUCGGGCAGGAUUGUUCACAUCUCUCGCUCCCAGCAACCCGAUCAACUUCGGAUCCCCUGGCUCAACUGGUUCUGCGGACAUAGUCGUCACGGAAACACAGGUGUACCAGUCGAUCAACGGCUUCGGCGGAUCCUUGACUGACUCUUCUGCCCUGACGCUCAACAACUUGAAGAACAAGAAUUCCGCAAAUUAUUGGUCGAUUCUAGGUCACCUUUUCUCUGUCGCGGACGGAGCCAACGCGGCGGGAUUUUCGUAUCUCCGUGUUCCGAUCGGCGCAUCCGAUUUUUCUGCAUCUGGUCUGCUAUUUUACUUGCACAUGCCAUCCGCACCAUUGAAAGAUUUUCCAGCUUACAGCUUAGACGAUACCAAUGGGGACAUCAUUUUUUCUCGGUUCAACAUCAACAACUCGCCAUCCUAUCUCUUCCAGACGAUCCAAGAUAUUCUUUCGAUCAAUGCCGCUUUGAAGGUCCAUAUCGUCCCCUGGAGUCCCCCGGGCUGGAUGAAGACUACGGGAACAAUGAAUGGUGGCACGAUCCUUUCUCAAUAUGUUGGAGUCUAUCCGACGUAUCUUUUGAAAGCCGUGCAAGGAUUCGUGAGCAAGGGCAUCAACGUUUACGCAAUAUCUGUGCAGAACGAGCCUGAGAACAGCAACCCGACGUAUCCGACGUGUACCAUGACACCGGCAAUCGAGGGCCAGAUUGGGACCGCCCUGCGGACUCUGAUGAACAGUGCUGGGCUGUCCAGCGUCAAGCUGGUGGGAUACGAGCAUAACUGGGAUGACGCAGCGACAUACCCCGUGACUCUGAUGCAAGACGCUGGGGGCUCGUAUGAUGGGGUGGCUUUCCACUGCUACGCCGGGAGUGUGUCGAACCAGGCCCUGUUCCACCAAGCUUACCCGAACAAGAAUGUGUACUUCACCGAAUGCAGUGGUACCAUCGGCUCAGAUUGGUGGUCUGACAUUAAAUGGUAUAUGAACAAUCUCUGGAUUGGGAGUCUCCAGAACUGGGCGGGAGUCGGACUCAUGUACAAUAUCGCACUCGACGGCCAAGGUCUGCCAAUUCUGCCGGGAACUAACAGUUGUGGCGGUGGCUGCCGGCCGAUCGUGACUGUCAACAGCGAUGGGUCAUUCUCCUACAAUCAAGAAUUCUACGCCAUGGCCCAGGCCUCCAAGGCGAUCAUCCCGAAAGACGCUGGGGGACCCUGGGGAUAUCGGAUUGGAGUUUCGGUUCAAGGAAGUCUGGCGUCUACGCUCACGGUCGGGGCGUACGCGACGAAGCGACUCUCCUCCACUGACUGGAACCGGUAUGCUUUGGUUGUGUUGAACGAGAACGAUGGGGCGUCGUCGACUUGGAAUCCUGUGCCUGUUCGCGCGACCAUCGAGUUCCGCGGCGCGCAGGCCACGUACACUUUCCCCGUCGGUGAGCAUUUCUCCUGUGUGACAACGCUGUGGUGGUACUCCCCACCCAAUUCUUCCGGCCGCAGAGCCUACAUUUCCGAUUCAAACGAAACUUGGACACCUGCAAACGAGGUGCACGCGAGAGUGCCCCCCGUCUCUAUCGCGGGGCGCAUCAAUCUCACCGUCCCCGCUGUGAUUCCGUCGAGACCGAACAUCACAUUGAUCAAGGGCGCGGGACUUCCCGCAAAUGCCGUCUUCGUUCGACCUACACCGUUGGCAGGCUAGGUCAGAACCAGACAGCAGUAAUGUAAUUAUAUACACGAGCACUCACGAAUGUAUUCCUAAGUAUAUGCAAUGUUAAUGAACAUGAACACCAUAA